AUGGCUCGCCUCGUAAACCAUUUGGUAACAUUCGUGCCCGUGUUCUCCAGCAAAGAAUUAGACAUGACUCUGCGUGCUGGAUGCGCGGUCUGCGGGCUCAGACCGCACCCUCGGCUCCCACCAAUCACAGAGAAGGACAACGAUUCUCCAUCGGUGUCCAGACUUGGGACUGGGACCCUGGGCUCUGGUGCGUCGAUGCUCCCACGGAGGCCGACCUGCUCGGCAAGAGGUACUGAACCACAGCAGCAGCGGUCGGCCCCCCCGGGGCGGGUACCCCCAGGUGGAGCCUUGAUAAUCAUGGUUAUGUACCCUUCGAUUUUCUUCCACAACGAGAAGAAGUGGGGGUGA